UGCUAGGUUACUGUUGUGUAUAUGGGUUGUAUCUAGCGGUAUAAAGCGGUACUCGGACAGAGAGCUGUGUUUUAACUCCGGUUUAACUCGGUUAUCUUCGUUACUGCGGGUUUUUAAUGCGGUUUAAAGUGAGAACAGCGCUGUCGGGAUGUUCUCGGUGGAGGCGCGGGUGACGGGCAGAGCGCAGAAAGGCUUCAGGACCGGGAGAGCCGCGCCACACUUCCCCUCCAUAACCCAGCUCCACACCCACACCUCCCCCGAGCAGCCGGAGGCUGCUAGGCAUCCAGACCUGCCUCGUGUGAUUCGCCUGCUGGAAGAGCCAGUUUCAAGCUCACUAAAGGAGAGGCACAUAUUUGCGUUGAAGAAAGUGGUGAAAAGAUGUCAAACAGGAUUUCUUCUGAAAGAUCUGGCAGAUCUUUUCAGAAUUCUGAACAUCUGUGCUGAAAGAUCUAAAGAUCAUCCUGAGUAUGCUCCUGUACUGUGUGACCUGCUACAUAUAUGCAGGCUUCCUUUCUUGAAGGAGAAGGCUUCUGAUGAGCCGAACUAUGCCAGCGUUGUGACAGACUCUCUGUCUCAGCUGGGUUUAUUCAUGAGGGUGCCAGACUGUAAAAUCAGAGAGCAGAUCUGCACUUCCAUCAUAUCCCUGUACAGCACAGACAAGGCAAGACAAUAUGAUGGUGUGUGUCCCAUAAGCCUGGGUUACAGGCAAGAGCUGGUGGAGUGCAGUGGUCUGGCAGAGACUUUGACGAUGUCUCUGGCUCUUCUGGAGAACCAGCUGCCUGCCAAACAUCAGGUCCUAAGGGCUCUACAGAUGCUCUCCAGCUCCUCUUUCAACUGUAGCUUGAUCCUGAAGGCAGAAGGAGCCCAGAAAAUCUGCUUCCACAUGAACGAGCCGGACCCAUCCGGGCAGGUGUUGUUUCGCUCCUCCGAGAUCUUGUGGAACCUUCUGGAGAAUGGCUCCAGGGAGGAGGUCACUAGCCAGCUCAGCAACAUGGACUGCAUCAUUUUCUUGAAAGAGGCUUUUUUGCAUCAUCUUCUUGAUGGCUACCGUCAUUAUGACCAGCAGCUCCGAAAUGACCUUCUAGUGAUUAUAACCCUGAUUGCUGAAAACCCCAGUGCCCCACUAAUUGAGAGUGGAUUUGCCAAGCAACUUAUUCUUUUUGUCACUUUUCCUGAACUGAAGAGCCACAACCCACUGAUCCGAAAACUCAAGCUGGCCUUCACCAAUGAGGACUUUGAGAUGAAGAAGUUACUGCUGAAUCUGGUUGUGGUUCUGUCCAGAGACCUUUCAGCGGUUCAGCUGUUUAAAGAGAGCCGUGUGAUGCUGGCCCUGAUGCUACUGGUGCGGCCCAGUUCGUCUGACAGCCGGCCCAGUGGAAAGGGCAGACGCAGCUGGACUCCUGUUCAGCAGGAGGAGCUGCAGCUGCAGGCUUUAGCCACCUUGGCUACGGUGGCACCGCUCAUGAUAGAGGAGUAUAUAUCGUGCCAAGCCAACGUCUGCCUGCUGAUGCUGCUGGAGUGGUGCACUCAGCAAGAUGGUUAUUUUGGCCAGGGUCAUGCUUUCCACGGGGCUGGAGGACGGGGUGGGAAGAAGGCUCAGAUGAGGUACUGCGUUCGCCUCCUCAGGUGCAUGACAUCCCUUAGCAACAACAUCAUCAACCAGGAUCUCUGUGACCAAGGAGCCAUCAGCCAACUUCUUGGGUUGCUAAGGCGAUUCCAGGAAAGAGAGGAAGAGGAAGAUGCAGUGUGUGUUGAGAUUCAGACAGACGUGCUUCUCACCCUGACUACCCUCUGUGAGGAAGACAUGCACAGGAAGGAGCUGUUUGGUUCUGAGGGAGUGGAGAUGGUGAUCCGCUAUCUGAAAAUGAACCCGGCUCAACUCCAAAGCGGCCUGGGACACAACAGACUGUUUGCAUCCACAGUGGACUGUGUGUGGUCCUGCAUUGUUGGCUGUUACUUAACAGAGGAUUUAUUUCUGGAGAAGGAAGGAGCUUUUCUCUUACUUGACUUUCUCCAUUUAAGCCCCAGGAGCAUGAAGGGGGUGCUGCUGGGGACCCUGCUGGAGCUGUGUGACAACCCCAAGACCCUAGCACAUGUCACAGCCUGGAGGGGAGAGAAGGAGCUCACUGCCCCUGCACUGCUGCUUCAGAUGUGGCGGCAGGAGGAGGCAGAGCUUGGAGUUAAAAGAGACCAGCACAGCAGAAUCACUGAUGUGAAGAAGCCUAUUCUUACACGGUAUCAGGAGGAGGAGCCACUAGUGUCUGUACCUGCGAACACACCAAGUUCCGCGGUUAUCGAUGUGUCCGAGAACCUCCGCUCAAAAAUCUACGCUCUGUUCCUCAGACUGGGCUUUCAGGACCUGCAAGGUUUAACUGCAGAGGACUACAUCACCUUAAGCAUAGUGAGCAGAUACUUGGACUUUAAGAUAGGAGAGGUGUGGGCUGAGAUUUCAGCUGAGCUGGAGUUGGAAGGGGUCAGGCCCAUUACUCCGGAUGCAGAGGCUCUCAGAACCAUCAUCCAGGCCAGUGAAGACACGGCCAAACAUGUCUGCUCACUGCAGCAAAGCAUUCUGGGCCAACAGGAACAGGAGGAGCUCAAAGAAGAGAAACGUGCAUACGAAGAGAUGAGCCUAAACCGCAAGCAACAUGAGCUGACCAUGAAGUCCAGGCAGCAUUAUAUCGCUAAGACAUCAGACUAUGAGAUCUUAAAGGAGUCGAAGCGACUGCAAGAAAGGUCUAUUGAAUCUUCACGGCCGAAGGACAGACCAGAGGGAUUUAUUUUUCACUCCACUCAAAUCCAAGGCCUGCAGACCACUAAUUUCUACAGUCGUGUGGUGACGAUAGAGAGCACCCCUGCAGCUCUGACUGGAGGACCUCUGGCAAAUACAGAUUUAGCCCUGGAGAGGGUCCCUAUUCAGGGAGGUGCACUGAGAAAAGUUAACCCUACAAAUGCUGAGCAUGAGCUUCCCAAUUCAGUCACUGUCAAAUAAACACCAUAGUAAAGACUAUUAACCUCAAAUACCCAAUCCAUCAGCUAUGAAGCCUCCUGGGAGCAGAGUGUACUCCUGUGCACUCUGACUGACUGACUGUGUGUAGAAUGAUUGUAAGUAACUGUGAGUAGAUCCUAUAGAGAUUAUGCUCAUCUCUCAGGUGUAGCCCAGCAUUCCUAAAAUAGAUUAUAUAUAUUUUUGUUAAGCUCAAAAAGUGUCCAGUGAAACUGUUCAUGUUUAUUUUAUGUAAUAAGCUUUUUUCUUUAUGCUUUAGUCUUGCAAAUACCCAUCUCCAUUUUUGUCAUGUUUUGCUUGUUGACAUCAUUUGAAUCUGUAAAUUGUGUGGAAAUUUAAUAAUACAUUGAAUUAUUUUUAUUUAGUUGUAAUAAAAUAUUUUAUAAUAUAAUAUAAUAUAAUAGAAACCCAUCAGAUUCGCGUUAUGUCAAAAUGUGAAAAUCAGCUAAAUGGAGUUACAAGGUUUUUGUCUGACAGGGUCAUUAUGUACACUGUGGCACAGCUCAUCUAUAAUUAAAGUAAAAUGUGACAUAGAA